AUGGCCUUACAAUCGCAAAUCGGUCCAGAUUUCUCCACCAAAGAAGCGAAUCUAAAGGAGGAAUUGCAAGAACCUGGAUUAUCCGGUCAUAGUUGCUGCUGUUUUUGGAACUACCCGUGUUUCCAGACCCGACAACCCGAUAACUGGGAGAGGGUAUCGACGCCGGAGAAAGAGCAGGAGAGCGCCGGAGGAUUGUGGGGGAAGGGAACAAACGCCUUGAAGAAGGUUAGGGGAUGGUCGGAGCUCGUCGCCGGUCCGAAAUGGAAGACGUUCAUCCGCCGGUUCAAUAGGUCGACGGCCCGGUCCAAAACGGGAAAAUUCCAGUACGAUCCUCUGAGUUAUGCUUUGAAUUUUGAUGAAGGGCAGGGGCAAGACGGUCAAUUGGAGAAAAAUUGGCCAGUACUGGACUUUUCGGCCCGGUUUGCGGCUAUUCCGGUGUCAACGAAAGGGUCGGCGGAGUUUGGCAAGGACACGCCACUGUUCGCGUGA